AUGAAGCUGCCGGUUGCUGAGGUUUACAAAGUUGACAGUUAUUUUACUCCAGCAACAGAUAAGGAUCCACAAACCCAAGGUGAUCAGCAAAGUCCAAAACAACCACAGCCUAGUGCCUCUGCUAUUGAGACAACAGAGUCUGGAAUCUCAGCUGAGAAAAACACUGGAAGUGAUGCAAAUGUCAGCGUUGCAGAGCCAACAUCCACAGUUGAAACAACAAAAUUCACGAAACUCAAUGAUGUAGGCAAAUGGGAUAUCUUAAUCGAGGAUGAACUCUCAUACUGGAUCCUUAAAGGUCCUUCAGAGUGUCAACACUGGAACGGCCCUUUUGAAAACUCGAAGCGGCCAUUGAAAAAUCAAGAUAGAUAUUGUUUAAAAGGUCUUUUUCAGUCCAGAAAAGUUAAUGGUGAAAUAUAUGAUCGGGAAUGGCUAGUGUACUCUCCAACAACUGGCUGUGUUUACUGCUUUGUCUGCAAGCUCUUUUCAACAUCAACUGCAGCACUAGCUUCUGGUGGGUUUCCUGACUGGCAAAAUCCCAUUGCAAUUCAAAGUCAUGAAAACUCUGAAGAGCAUAGAACAGCUUUGCUGACAUACUUGACAAGAAAGCGUGGUUAG